GAAAGGGAUGAGGAGGUGGGAUCACCGCUUUCACCGCGCAAGAAGUACCGUUACAGGGCAGACCUUUUGUCCAAUCAACGCCUCCAGACUUAGGGUCAGGUGACCAUAGAGUGCGGGGGGCGGAGCUACAGUCUGGCGCGAGGAACCGUUAAGAUGGACAACGAACAUAACCAAUGAGGUACUCUGACUAGGGCGUUGGGAACCCAAUAACAGUGGUCAGGCGGGCGCCUUCCCGGAGCGCGGGGAGAUGUAAAGACAGACAAAUAGUUUUCCCAAUGAGACUGUAGAAGAGAGGAGCUAAUUGACCAAUGAAGACUGCGGGGCGGGACGCUCUGCCGCGGCGGAGUCCAAGAUGGCGGCGUGCGGUUCCGCUGUGUGAAACGAGCGCGGGGCGGCGGGUUAAUCAGUUCCGCGGAGAAGACCUCCGACGACCCGCUACAAUGAAGGGAAAAGAGCGCUCCCCAGUCAAGCCGAAACGCUCCCGUGGUGGUGAGGACUCGACUUCCCGCGGGGAGCGGAGCAAGAAGUUAGGGGGCUCUGGUGGCAGCAAUGGGAGCAGCAGCGGAAAGACCGACGGCGGCGGCGGGUCGCGGCGCAGCCUUCAUCUAGACAAGUCUAGCAGCCGAGGUGGUAGCCGAGAGUACGACACCGGUGGGGGCAGCUCCAGUAGCCGCUUGCAUAGUUACAGCUCCCCAAGCACCAAAAAUUCCUCGGGCGGGGGCGAGUCGCGCAGCAGCUCCCGGGGUGGAGGCGGGGAGUCACGUUCCUCUGGGGCCGCCUCUUCAGCUCCUGGCGGCGGGGACGGCGGGGAAUACAAGACAUUGAAGAUAAGCGAGUUGGGGUCUCAGCUGAGUGACGAAGCGGUGGAGGACGGACUGUUUCACGAGUUCAAACGCUUCGGUGAUGUAAGUGUCAAAAUCAGUCAUCUCUCGGGUUCUGGCAGCGGGGAUGAGCGAGUAGCCUUUGUGAACUUCCGGCGGCCAGAGGACGCGCGGGCGGCCAAGCAUGCCAGAGGGCGUCUAGUGCUCUAUGACCGGCCCCUGAAGAUAGAAGCUGUGUAUGUGAGCCGGCGCCGCAGCCGCUCCCCUUUAGACAAAGAUUCUUAUCCUCCAUCAGCCAGUGUUGUCGGGUCCUCUGUAGGUGGUCACCGGCACCCCCCUGGAGGAGGUGGUGGAGGCCAGAGAUCACUUUCCCCUGGUGGCGCAGCCUUGGGAUACAGAGACUACCGGUUGCAGCAGUUGGCUCUUGGCCGCCUGCCCCCUCCACCUCCGCCACCAUUGCCCCGAGACCUGGAGAGAGAGCGAGACUACUCGUUCUAUGAGAGAGUACGCCCAGCCUACAGUCUUGAGCCAAGGGUGGGAGCUGGAGCAGGUGCUGCUCCUUUCAGAGAAGUGGAUGAGAUCUCACCCGAGGAUGAUCAGCGCGCUAACCGGACGCUUUUCUUGGGCAACCUAGACAUCACUGUGACAGAGAGUGAUCUAAGAAGGGCUUUUGACCGUUUCGGAGUCAUCACAGAAGUAGAUAUCAAGAGGCCUUCUCGGGGCCAGACCAGUACCUAUGGCUUUCUUAAAUUUGAGAACCUAGACAUGUCUCACCGGGCCAAACUAGCAAUGUCUGGCAAAAUUAUAAUUCGGAAUCCUAUCAAAAUUGGUUAUGGCAAAGCUACACCCACCACCCGCCUCUGGGUAGGUGGCCUGGGUCCUUGGGUGCCUCUUGCUGCCCUGGCACGGGAGUUUGACCGAUUUGGCACCAUACGCACCAUUGACUACCGCAAAGGGGAUAGUUGGGCGUAUAUCCAGUACGAAAGCCUGGAUGCGGCUCAUGCUGCCUGGACCCAUAUGCGGGGCUUCCCCCUUGGUGGCCCAGAUCGUCGCCUUAGAGUAGACUUUGCAGACACAGAACAUCGUUACCAGCAGCAAUAUCUGCAGCCUCUGCCCUUAACUCAUUAUGAACUGGUGACAGAUGCUUUUGGACACCGGGCACCUGACCCUUUGAGGGGUGCUCGGGACAGGACACCACCGUUACUAUACAGAGAUCGUGAUAGGGACCUUUAUCCUGACUCCGAUUGGGUGCCACCCCCGCCCCCAGUUCGUGAACGCAGCACUCGGACUGCAGCUACUGCUGUGCCUGCUUAUGAGCCACUGGAUAGCCUGGAUCGCAGGCGGGAUGGCUGGUCCUUGGACCGGGACAGAGGUGAUCGAGAUCUGCCCAGCAGCAGAGACCAACCUAGGAAGCGAAGGCUGCCUGAGGAGAGCGGGGGACGGCAUCUGGAUAGGUCCCCGGAGAGUGACCGACCACGAAAACGUCAUUGCGCACCUUCUCCUGACCGCAGUCCAGAAUUGAGCAGUAGCCGGGAUCGCUACAACAGUGACAAUGAUCGAUCUUCCCGUCUUCUCUUGGAAAGGCCGUCUCCAAUCAGAGACCGACGAGGUAGUUUGGAGAAGAGCCAGGGUGACAAGCGAGACCGUAAAAACUCUGCAUCAGCUGAACGGGAUAGGAAGCACCGGACAGCUGCUUCCACUGAGGGAAAAAGCCCUCUGAAAAAAGAAGACCGGUCUGAUGGGAGCGCACCCAGCACCAGCACUGCUUCAUCGAAGCUGAAGUCCCCUUCCCAGAAACAGGAUGGUGGGACAGCCCCUGCAGCAGCAGCCUCUCCCAAACUCUGUUUGGCCUGGCAGGGCAUGCUUCUGUUGAAGAACAGCAACUUUCCUUCCAACAUGCAUCUGUUGCAGGGCGACCUCCAGGUGGCUAGUAGUCUUCUUGUGGAGGGCUCAACUGGAGGCAAAGUGGCCCAGCUCAAGAUCACUCAGCGUCUUCGUUUGGACCAGCCCAAGUUGGAUGAAGUAACUCGACGCAUCAAAGUGGCAGGGCCCAAUGGUUAUGCUAUUCUUCUGGCUGUGCCUGGAAGUUCUGAUAGCAGGUCCUCCUCUUCCUCGGCCACCUCAGACACUGCCACCUCUACUCAGAGGCCACUUAGGAACCUCGUGUCCUAUUUAAAGCAAAAGCAGGCCGCUGGGGUGAUCAGCCUCCCUGUGGGGGGCAACAAAGACAAGGAAAACACCGGAGUCCUUCAUGCCUUCCCACCCUGUGAGUUCUCCCAGCAGUUCCUGGAUUCCCCUGCCAAGGCACUGGCCAAAUCUGAAGAAGAUUACCUGGUCAUGAUCAUUGUCCGUGCAAAACUGGUGAACAACGGAUGAAGAUACAGAAUUCAAAGCUCUAAUGGACCUUUUUGAAGAGAAGUUGUGGCUUAUGUGGAGUUUACAUGGGCCUCUUGAUGGAAGAAAGCUAAUCUGUUUAGUAUUUGUGCAUUUUACUAAAAUGGCAGCUUAAAGUUGUGUAUCUGCUAUUGUGAUGCCAAUGCCGGUGUUUUAAGUGGAAAAAAAAUGACCUUGCUUUGUGCUGUGUACACAAGAUUUCUGGAAAAGAAAAACCCUUUUUAUGGCUCACACAGCUUAAAAGUAGCUGUCACUCAAACGUGCGCUCACAGUUGAGCUGCUUUUGUUUUAUUCUAAAUAAAUUGUUUCUUUUGAGGAAAA